AUGAUCGCGUCCGCUCCAACCAAAUCGUGCGCCAUAAGACCCGUCUCUCCGGAAGUCCAACUUCCGGCCGAACUCUGGGAAAAGGUGCUCCUGAACCUCAACACGUUCCAGUUGGCGCAAGCCCGCGCCACUUGCCGCCAGUGGAACGAAAUCGUCCUUCGCUCUCCGGUUCUGAUGAACCGGUUCGUAGUUCACUUUCCACAGCGUUCCACGCUGGAACCGGAAGCGGAAUCGGUGCGGGUGUUUGCCGGGUCGAAAGCUCGAUAUUCGCGGGUGGUGCUGAACUCGGUGACCAUUACGGAGCAGGUGGAUCGGUGGUGGCCAGUGCUGGGACAGGAGCUGCGCACGCUUACGGUGGAAGGGUGCCGCGUUUCGACGGAAACGGUUCUAAGGAUCUUGAGCUUGUCACCGAAGCUGAAACGGUUCACGUUUCGGUGCGGUUCGGAGCAUGAUUUUCGGAGUGGUUCAGUGGCGGAUUUCAAGCUGGGAAAGCUGGAAGUGUUACGAUUGGAUCGGAUUGAACUGCUGGAAGUUUUGCGGGGGUUUUGUCCGGGACUUAGGCUGCUCAAGCUGGAAGAUGGCUUCAAGCCAAUUAGUGAGGGUUACGAGAGAACUGUGCUGGAGUUCGUCGAAACGGUUCAGGAUACUUUGGAGGGAAUCAAACUGGAGCAAGUGUCCGCUUUCCUGUUGGAGAAAAUUGCCAACUUGAGCCGGUUACACCUGCAGCGAAUCUCUCUGGAAGGUUCCGGUCAGUACGGCGAGCAAGAUUUGAUCGAGUUCAGUCGGCUGCAAAGCAGCAUCCAGCACUUUAACGUGACCAGCCUGGAGGCGAUAUCUGACGCAGGACUCCGAGCAAUUGGGACAAACUUACCGAACUUGAAACGUCUGAAGAUCAGUCUAAGAGAAGUGUCUACCCCCUUGCCACCGGUCCUGUUCGCCGUGGAAUGCCUCGCGAUCCGAAGUUCGCGCGCUUUCAACCACCUUCAGAUAGAUUUCGGUGGUCACAUCAACUACAACCUGCGCAAGAUAACGCUCGCAGGAAUGCGCAUCCCGCGGAACAGCCUGCUCCGGCACAUGAUCGACUCGCGGAACAUCCGAACGAUCCACUUUGAGCGCAACUUCUUCGAGAGCGGAUCCUGCCUGUUUGAGGCUGUCCGCUCGCUGAAGUAUCUGGAGAGUCUUACGCUGGAAGGAAUCAACGUGGACCGGACGAUGGACUGCCUGUCGGAGAGGUCCACGGAUUCGAACGUCCGGCGGCUUCAUCUGAGCCGGUGCGUCUUCCGGAAGGAGGUGCUGGUGGCACUGUCCCGGUUGUUUCCCUGGCUGCAGGUGGUUCGUCUGACCGGAGUCCGGCACGUGGAGGCCAGCGAGAUUCUGCUGUUGUGGUGCCAGGGAUUGCCCCGGUUGAAGCGGUUGACGUUUGAGGAUUGCGUCGGGUUCACGGAUGCCUCCGCGGGGCACAUCCGUCGGUUCUGCCCGGUGCUGGAACGACUCAACCUUUGGAAUUGCCACGGACUCUCGACGAGCAGUCGAGAACGGAUGAUGGCCAUUGUUGGAGUGCAGAUCGAUAUCAGACCGGAACUCUGCUUAGAACUGUAA